CGUGUGUUGCCUCUCACUGACGGUCAGUCUGUAUGUGGAGCAAAUCGAAGGUGAUUCACCAUCUAAACGCGGGUACGAAACUUGUGUCUGCGGUGUUUGAGGAUUUCUACUUCCUAACGGAGAAGUGCUGAGAAUGUCAGCCGUACAGAAACGAGUGUUGGUCUUGGGUGCAGGCAGGGUGUCGGGGCCGUUGUACGAGGACUUGGCCGCGGAGAAGGACGUUGUCGUCACUGCAGUGUCCGUCUUAAAGAACGAACUGGAACGGGUCAGUCAGCUGUGCCCGGGGGUGAGGCUGGAGUGUGUGGACAUCACUCAGGACGCUGACGGGAGAGACAGACUGAUCGCCGAACACGACGUCGUUGUAGGUCUGGUGCCGUACUCCCUGCUACCUGACAUCGCCCGAGCUUGUCUGUCACUCCGGAAACAUCUGGUUACGGCCAGCUACGUGGAUGAUGAAGUGAAGAAGCUCCACCAACAAGCGUCGGAAGCGGGCCUCACCUUCCUGUGUGAAGUAGGUCUAGACCCUGGGAUUGACCAUAUGCUGGCCAUGCGGACGUUCGAUGACAUCCAGCAAAGAGGGGGGAGGGUGACGUCGUAUCAGCUAUGGUGUGGCGGGCUCCCUGCUCCGGAGUGUGCGGACAAUCCCCUCAAGUACAAGUUCAGCUGGUAUCCACGGGGGUCUUUGUACGCAUGCCGCCGGGGAGGAGGAUACAUUAAAGACGGACAGGUUGAACAUAUCCCCGAAGGCCCCUUCCUUGUAGAGUCUGCGCAAGAUCUGGACUUCAUUCCGGAGUUAAAGAUGGAGGGAUUCCCCAAUGUAUUCAAGCCCGCUUACCUGACGUUGUACGGAAUACAGACUGUCGACAACUUCCUUAGGGGCACACUGAGAUACAAGGGUUUCGGCGCUGGAGUCCUUUGCUUGAUGAAACUGGGUCUGUUCUCCGUCUCCCCUGUGAGUCUGCUAAAGGCGGGGUCACGUGGAGUAACGUGGAGGAACUUUAUUUGCAACGAGCUAGGGCUGAGUGAAGACAUCUCGGCAGAAAAUCUGGAGUCAAAGGUCAAAGAUCAAGCUGGAGGUCAAGGCCAACUGGAGGUCAUAAAAAGAUUGGGUUUACUCGAAUCUGAAGAGAUCGAGACAAAAGACACACCGCUUGACACUCUGGCUGAUUAUCUGGAGAAGAGAUCGGAGUUCAUGUUUGGCCCGGAUGAACGCGACCUCGUUGUGAUGCACAUCGAGGUGACCGGAAGUUUCCCUGACGGCUCCGGUGAGGACCGGAAGUUGGAUAUGGCGGUGUAUGGAGAUGUCGGAAAACAUUCCGCCAUGGCCAAAACAGUUGGUCACACAGUAGCCAGUGGAGCAAUGCUGCUGUUGAAUGGGGAGAUAACUGAGCGAGGGGUCGUGCUUCCUGUCUCUCCAAGCAUCUACAGACCUCUAUUGUCAGACCUGGAGAAGAAGGGAAUCAUCUUCACUGACAGGAAAACAUAAUGUAUAUGUUUACAGAAACACAUUAGCAUCAUGUAUAUUUCAAUAUAGGGAAUUGUUGAAAACAAAAAUAGAGAAUUGAUUCUGUGAAACAUAAUUUGUGACACAUAUUCAGGAGCUAAUUUAUCAAUAUUGACAAAAAGAAGACACAUCCAGGCUAUGACAAGAUGAAAACUCAGAUAUGACAACGAUUGGCCAAACUGAUUUAUCAAAUGUGUAUGCUGGAAACAAGACAAUUUUAUAUAGCUUUUAUACAUACUUUGUUUCAUGAUUUAUCAAAGAAUAUAGAUAUCGGCAUUCCCAGUGCCGAUGGAGGCCA